AUGGUUUCUCUCUGGGGAUCGUCGAAAGACGACAACAAUCCUAACGGCAGCGGCUCAGUCACGCCCCGAGAGGGCGAAGAGGGCCAAAGCCAAAGCCAGAGUCAACGACCAGCAUCUGGCUCUCGUCGUGAUCCCGAUGAGCGUACUCGGCUGCUGCCCCGAAGGCCUCCACCGCCGAACAGCGAUGGCUACCUGGACCCUGAUGACCCAGCUGUCUCACCAUACAAUCUAUGGACUGUGCGGUUCCUCCGAUACCUGACCAUUCUCUUCCUGAUCAUCACCUUUCUCUGGUGGGUGCUGCUACUGGUGGCCAUCUUCGUCUCCCCGCCGAUGAUGCACGCUCGCGGAUCGGGUUUCUUCGACUUCUCCUACACCACUCUGACGGCCGGCAACCUGCUCGUUGCCCUCAUCUUCUUCUCCGCGCCGUCAAAGGCGAUGCGGAUCUCGCAACUCAUCAUUGCCGGAUUUCUUCUGGUCGACAUGAUCAUAAUCCUCCUUGUUGGACGCAUCCGGAUGGAAGAGGGCUGGAUCGGCAUCGCGUCGGUUGUCUGGGCCGCCCUCAUGGCCUUCUGGUGUGUCAUGACCGACCGCGUUGUCGAGUGGGGGAAGCGACAGGAAGAGGAGCGUCUGACCGGACGUCCUGAGACCCGCCGGACACUCAAGCAGUGGCUGGCUAUCCUCACGGACCAAGUCUUCCUCAUUGUCUUCAUUGCCAUCGUCGUCCUCAUGACUGCCACCCUAGUUCUACGUUGGCGUGAUGCCACCCUUCCAUACGAGGGCGAGCGCAUCUUCGUGGAUGGGGACAAGUACCAAGUCCACCUCGCUUGCGUGGGCAACGUCACCUACACUGGCGAACAGCGGGACCCCACCGUCCUUCUCGAGUCCGGCGAGAACCCGUCCGAGUACGACUUCGAGCAUUGGGCCUACUCGUCCUGGAAGAACGACACGAUCACGCGCUACUGCUACUGGGAUCGCCCAGGAUACGCCUGGUCCGACAACGCACCCUCGCCGCACAGCGCCGGCAUGUCCGCUGACGCUCUCUCCGAGGCCCUUGCUCGUGCCGGUGAGGAAGGCCCCUGGAUCCUCGUCUCCGCCGGCUAUGGCAGCAUCGUGAGCCGCAUCUUCUCGAGCAGACAUCUGCGCGACGUCGUCGGCAUCAUGAUGGUCGACCCCCUCCACGAGGACCUCCUGCACCGCAUUGGCAGCCCAGCCCGUGGCUUCGUCCUUUGGGGCUACGGCAUCAUCUCGCCCCUCGGGCUGCAGCGCAUUUUCGGAGCAAUCUUCGAAGGCAGGACGAGGGAGGACCGCGUCUACGGCCGCAGCGCCUACCAAGGUGGCAAGUUCAUCAAGGCGCAGCUGCAGGAGAACUUGGUUGCAGAUAGCCUGUCGAAGAACGAGGUCGCCUCGGCACGCAACAUCCAGAGCCGUGACACGCCUCUCGUUAUCGUCAGCUCUGGUAUCGAGGUCCGCAAGGACAGCGAGUGGGAGAGGAAGCAGCGCGACUUGACGCACAUCACAGACAACCUUGUUAGCUGGGAUGUUGUUAACAAGGCGCCGCAUCUCGUGUGGCACACGCCAGAGGGCAGGGAGGUCAUGGAGAAGGAUCUGAGGAUGCUGGUGAAGCUGGCUCCGUCGGUGGCGUUCCCAGAGGACGAGUAA